UGCUUGCGCUCCUGGUCGUUUAGUACGCCUGCGCCGAGGUUCUGGUGACUGAACGAACGUCUGACCUGAGCGGCGUUUCAUGACGCGUCUUUGAUAUUGGUGCGUGAAUAUUUAAGUGAACUCUUGAGGGUGUGUGUAGUGAGAGGCUCAGACUUUUACCACCAUGCUGGCUCUGUCCAGAUGUUCGGCAGCUUUGAGGUGGAGGCUUCCCCUGCGUUGCUCUGCCCUCCCUCUGGCGAGCUCCUCCAUCACAGCCGGCUCUCAGUUUCUAACGAGCCAGAUCACUCAGUUUCACCAAAGCAAAACCAGAGCAAGUCCUGAUCCAAACAAGAUCACAUCAGUGUCCGGAUUGGAGGGGGAGCUGUUCGGAAUGGGGAUGUGGUCCCUGGGUCUCGGGGCUGUCGGAGCAGCCCUGGCUGGGAUCUUCCUGGCUAACACUGACUUGUGUCUUCCUAAAGGUGCAAACGCAUCACUGGAACACCUCGAAGAUGCUGACCUGCGUUCCACCACAGAUGAUUCAGAGGUUAUAAAAGCGAAGAGCCUGUGGCAGAAGAAUGGAGCUGUGGUCAUGGCCGUGCGGCGGCCUGGAUGAUUUUUGUGCAGAGAGGAGGCCUCUGAGCUGUCCUCUCUGAAGCCCCUGCUGGAAGCGCUUGGGGUCCCGCUGGUCGCUGUGGUGAAAGAGAACGUCGGCACAGAGAUCCAGGACUUCAGGCCGCACUUCGCUGGGGACAUCUAUGUAGAUGAGAAGAAACAUUUCUAUGGGCCACUGCAGAGAAGGAUGGGAGGCUUAGGCUUCAUCCGCCUUGGGGUGUGGCAGAACUUCAUCCGGGCCUGGAGGUCCGGUUACCAGGGUAACAUGAACGGAGAGGGCUUCAUCCUGGGCGGAGUGUUUGUCAUCGGACCUGGAGAUCAGGGAAUCCUCCUGGAGCACAAAGAGAAGGAGUUUGGCGAUAAGGUGGACACUGCAGACGUCCUAAAGGCUGCGCAGAAAAUUGUAGCAGUGAAGUAGUUUUUGUAGCAUUAGACAGACAGCAGGAACACUGGUUUAGAUCAAAGCUCAGAUGAACAAAAAUGCUGUGGUCAGUAUCUGUUUACAUUGACUAAUAUCGCAAUACACCUCUGUCUUUUGCACAGUAAUUUGCUUUUGGAUAUGAGCCCUGAGAAACAGAGAAUGAAUGUUUCACAGAUUAUUUUUCUAAUUAUUGAUCAUUCAUCCAGCUUAUUAAAGUAAGGGACUUUCUUUCAGGUACUAUAAUCAUAUGAUAUAGGACCACUCGAAACCACUUAUUCCAAUCUAAAGGCUUGAUGUCAUAUUUAAGUGUUAUUUUAAUUUAUCAGUCCCUCAUAUGGUGUCUCUGAUACAAUUGUCCUGGUCUGGCACCUGAAUGUCCUUGGCCAUUGAAGACAGCAGUGUCUGGUUUGUGUGUGUGUGUCUGUGUGUGAAAUAAUGACAACCCGACUCUAAACUCUGUGCUGAGAGGAGCAGGUUUGAUGCCCAAACACACACACGCACACACACACACACAGGUUGAGCUACUGUCCUCAUGUGUAAGGAGUGUUUGAGGUGCUUGGAACAGUUUUCUUCUCGCAAGGGUGUUUUAAUGAGUGAUAGAGACAGUUUGUACCUGGAAACCUUCCUAGCUGUAGAUGAAUAAAUCAUCACUGCAUCCAG